AGCUCUUCGACGACACCGUCAUGGGGAAAAUGGAACAGGUCACCAUCACGAACAUGAUCCACCCCAGUCCCGGCGAUCCUAACGACCAUGAGUCUGUUCAAGGUGAAACCGCUCCUGGCGGUUGGGUCAAGGGCGGCCAUGUGACUAAGGAUGAGUCGAAGCAAACUCAAGCUUCCUAAGCGGCUAGUGUGCUUUUGGCCACCAUAGGCUGCUAGCAAUACUUGUCCUCCGUAGCAAUACAAACUAUUCUCCAACCAAGC